GUGCGGCGAGCCCCUCGGCGGCCCGGCGGGCAUUCUGACGCCGCUCCACACCCCGAGGUGGCGCGGCCCGCAGCGCCUCCAGAACCGCAGAGCUCCAGGUUGUCAGCGGGGACCCUGGCGCGGUCUUGAACUUCAAGAAAAGAUGUGGAGUGGGCUGUUACCUCCUGGGCUAAAUGAAAGCGAUGUUGAGUCAGAUUCUGAAGAUGAAGCCACAGUAGAGAAUCCAGAACUUACAGAAUUUAAUUUACAGGAAGAUGGAAAGACUGACAGCACUAGGAAGCCAAGAAUGUCAGAUUUCUCAGCAGGCAAGCCAAAACCGGAAACAGAGGCUGAUGCAAAUGCAUAUGAGAAGUGUCCUUCUGGAAUUCCCUUGGACAUGUGGAAUAAAUUUCAAGAAUUGCAUAAAAGACAUUCUGAACAGAAAAAUUCAACAUCAAGAUUCAGACAGAAAAAAAGAAAACGCUCCAAAAAAGGCAAAUUGAAGAAUGAAAAAGAAUCUCACAGUGAGCAGUCCUCAAGUGAAACACAGUGGAAGGACCUUACUCAGUAUUUUGGAGCCAAUGAUAGAUUUGAACCACCAGUUAAGCAGAAAAAAGUUGAGAAAUCAGGCCUUGAAAAGAGGAUAGACCAGGCUGUGGAGGAAUGGGAUGUUGAGAAGGCUGAAGAGCUCAGCAACCAGCUAGCUACUCGAGAGCUUGGUGUAAAAAUUGCCAAAGCAAUUGCCUGCCACAAGUUUGUUAAAGCCAAAAAGGAGGCUGAAAACUCACAGGCUGCUCGAAAGAAGAAGAAACUGGCGUGGGGGUUUGAAGCAAAGAAGAGAUGGGAAACUAAAAGCAACAUGGGAUACAUGUAGCCUCGCGGAGUCCUCAGGAC